AUGGCGGCCGUUUCAGCACCAACCCCCAAGCUGGAUCGCUACAUCGUCAUCCACGUUGCAACCACUUGCGACGAACAUGGCGUUUAUGUCACCAAGGACUCGGCCGAGGUGAUUGAGCUGGGAUGGAUUCUGUUGGACAGCAAGACAUGCGAAGAACUGCACCGUGAAAGCGUUCUCGUCAAACCAGUCAAUACUCCAAUCACCCCGCUUUGCACGAGUUUGACCACCUUGACAUGGGAACACGUCCGCUCCGCAGGUACUUUCCGAGAUGCCAUCUCUCGAUUCGACGCCUUUGCCCAGGAGCACCUCACCAACAAACAGUUGGAGUUUGCCUUUGUGACGUUGGACUCUUGGGAUCUGCGGGUGCAGCUGCCCCGCGAGGCCCGCGACAAGGCCGUCGUGCUGCCCGCAUACCUGCAGCACUCCCGCACUUUCGACUUGCGCACCGAAUAUCAACGCUGGCAGACCCACCACCCCGAGUCGCUGCCUUUCGGUCCCAGCUCGCUUUCCAACAUCUGUGCUGCCCUUGAGGUUGAGCCCGUUCAGUCGUCCGCCCCGAUCAAGCACAACCUGCCCUUCCACUUGCAAGCCCUGGCCCCCGCUUCGCCGCGCCGUGCGAUGGAGGAAUCCAUUACUCUUGCCCGUGUGCUGCGGGGUCUCAUCCGCAAGUCGCAGCCGCCACAAGAACACCCCGAGAUCCUGACUCGCCCCAUGGACGCCCACGCCGACGUCCGGGCCUUUUUGGCAGAGCGGAGUAAGGUCCUGCACCUCAGUGGUCUGCCCCACGACACUACCCAGUCCGAGUUGGAGAGCUGGUUCACUCAGUUCGGUGGUCGCCCUAUCGCUUUCUGGACCCUGCGCACUCCCGAUCAGCACAAGCCUACUGGUACCGGCUUUGCCGUCUUCUCGUCUCACGAGGAGGCUGCCGAAAGCCUGUGCAUGAACGGCCGGGCACUCAACGAGAAGGCCAUCGAGGUUUCUCCCUCAUCCAGCCGGGUUCUGGACCGCGCCGCCGAGAUCCUCACUCCUUUCCCGCCCUCCAAGAACCGCCCCCGUCCUGGUGACUGGACUUGCCCGUCUUGCGGCUUCUCCAACUUCCAGCGCCGUACAGCAUGCUUCCGUUGCUCGUUCCCCGCUAUGGCCGCCGCUCCCGAUCCUAUGAACUACAACCAAUACGGCUACGGCCCGCCCUCGAUGAUGCCUCCCCACAUGGGCCACAACGGUCACGGUAUGGGUCACUCGCGUGGUAUGGGUGGUAACGGAGGUGUUGUCCCCUUCCGUGCUGGUGACUGGAAGUGUGGUUCUGAGGGUUGUGGCUACCACAACUUUGCGAAGAACAUCAACUGUCUGCGCUGCGGAGCUCCUCGCUCCGGUGCGGCAGUUGUGGCCGAUUCAGCGUUCCCAUCUCCGAUGGAUCCUCCAUCGCAGUUCAACAUGGGUCCCAACUCGAUGGCUAGCACUCCUGCCCCGGCUCCUUUCGCCUCCACUGCCGGUGGCUUCGGUGGCUUCAGCCAGCAAUUCGGCGGCCCGCCCAACAACUACGCCCUGCCCUCUGGCGGUCUGAGCAACACCCCUGGUGCCUACCCCCCUAUGGGCCAGAUGAACUCUGGUUACGGCUCCUCUAGCACCUCGCACUCGGCCGCUUCUUUCGCCAACCCGGCCACUCAGGCCGCCUUCACUGGCGCAGACCACGGUGUGCCCUCCACCAGUGCUUCCAACGGCGCUUUCUACGGAUCCGACGGCUCCAGCGACCCCUUCGCCUUCUUGUCCAGUGGCCUUGGUGGUCUGACCGUCUCUGACGACCCUCACUCUCGCCGAAACGGCGCUGGUGCCAACAAGUCGCCCGCUUAA